UGGAUCGGGAGCGCACGCGUACAAAAGUCCGGCUUCAUCACCCCCUCCUCCCACCCCAGUUGUAACUUCGGCGCGGUCGGGCGCGAGAAAAUGAAGACGAAGAGAGGAGGAUCCUAGCGCCGGCUGGGCUCAAUUAAGUCCCGUCGGAUUCGGUGCGGGCGGGCUCGCGCUGGGCGGAGCUGGCUCGGGCGGGCGCCUCUCAGAACUUUUGUUUGGGAGUGUUUGUGCGCGAGUUCGUGUGGGCUUAUUUAUUAGUAUUUUUUUCGCCCCCCUUCUCGGUUUGGGCGGGCCGGAGUCGGGGAGGGGGGAGCCGUCCGUGGCUGCAACCGGGCGGAGGAAAUAAACGCGGGGGGGGGGGGGCGCGUGUGCGGGAAAGGCGACGGGGACGAGGGGCAUGCGGGAGGGUGAUCCCGGAGCUGGCGCUGCUGCUUGAGAGACGCGGCUGAAGCAGGGAGGGGAGCCGGCCAUGGAGCCCGCCGGGCAGCCCCCGGCGCCGCCACAGCAGCAGCCCCCGCCGCAGCAGCAGCAGCCCCCGCCGCCGCCCUCGGGGGGGCAGCCCCCGCCGCAGCAGCAGCCCGUGUCCGGGCCCCCCCCGGCCGGGCACCAGAUCGUCCACGUCCGGGGCGACUCGGAGACCGACUUGGAGGCUCUCUUCAACGCCGUCAUGAACCCCAAGGGCGCCAACGUGCCCCACACGCUGCCCAUGAGACUCCGCAAGCUGCCCGACUCUUUCUUCAAGCCGCCCGAGCCCAAGGCCCACUCCCGCCAGGCCAGCACAGAUGCAGGGACAGCAGGAACUCUGACGCCUCAGCAUGUCCGUGCUCACUCCUCUCCAGCCUCACUGCAAUUGGGAACAGUUUCUCCAGGGGCGCUUACUCCCACUGGUGUAGUUUCUGGAGCUGCACCUUCUUCUCAACAUCUCCGUCAGUCAUCUUUUGAAAUCCCAGAUGAUGUGCCCCUACCACCAGGUUGGGAGAUGGCAAAGACCCCUACUGGCCAGAGGUAUUUUCUGAAUCACAUUGAUCAAACAACAACAUGGCAGGAUCCAAGGAAGGCCCUCCUCUCCCAAAUGAAUGUUACAGCACCCACAAGUCCUCCUGUGCAACCGAACAUCAUGAAUUCAGCAACAGGUAGCUUUCCUUCAUCAUCGAAUAAGAAUGGGAUGUUGCCUACAAGUGGUCCAAUGACUCAUUCUGCGCUGCAAGGCCCGCUCCCUGAUGGAUGGGAACAAGCCAUGACCCAGGAUGGAGAAAUUUACUACAUAAACCAUAAGAACAAGACCACAUCUUGGCUAGAUCCAAGGCUUGACCCACGCUUUGCUAUGAACCAGAGAAUCAGCCAAAGUGCUCCAGUGAAGCAGCCACCUCCACUAGCCCCUCAAAGCCCACCAGGUGGAGUUCUGGGUGGUGGCAACUCCAAUCAACAGCAGCAGUUAAGGCUGCAGCAGCUGCAGAUGGAAAAGGAGCGGCUGCGGCUGAAACAUCAAGAACUGCUUCGGCAGGUGAGGCCACAGGCAUUGCGGAAUGUCAAUCCCAGCACAGCAAUUUCUCCAAAACGUCAGGAAUUGGCUCUCCGUAGUCAGCUUCCCAGCAUGGAACAAGAUGGUGGCUCUCAGAAUCCAGUGUCCUCUCCUGGAAUGUCUCAGGAACUGAGAACAAUGACCACAAACAGUUCAGAUCCUUUUCUUAACAGUGGAACGUACCAUUCAAGAGACGAGAGCACAGACAGCGGCCUCAGCAUGAGCAGUUACAGUGUUCCCAGAACUCCAGAUGACUUCCUCAACAGUGUCGAUGAAAUGGAUACAGGUGACAGUAUCAACCAAAGCAACAUCCCCUCCCAUCAGAACCGUUUUCCAGACUACCUUGAAGCCAUUCCAGGGACAAACGUGGACCUUGGGACACUGGAAGGAGAAGCAAUGAAUAUAGAAGGAGAGGAACUGAUGCCCAGCCUACAGGAGGCCUUGAGUUCCGAUAUCCUUAAUGACAUGGAGUCCGUGCUGGCAGCCACCAAGCUAGAUAAAGAAAGCUUUCUAACCUGGUUAUAGGGGCCUCAGGGAGACGGCGUUUGAAAUCUUUGAAGGAUCUAAGGAGAUAAGACAUGUACCUGAUGUUGAGAACAAGCCUGUGCGGCAAAAGCUUCUUGGCUUAGGAUCAGAGAGGAAAACAAGUAAAUGAACAAAAUACUCCAGAUUCUUUUCAUCCAGUGUUUUGUUCUUCCUUGUCCAAUCGCUGCUGUUAUACUGCUGACCUCUUUCACAGUUGACUCUGAAAAACUAGACAAUUUAUCUUUUUCUUCUUUUUUUUAAUGCUGUUGCAACUACUGUUCAACAUGGUGGUGGGGAUGGGGAAGUGGCAAGAGAGAUAGCCCGGCCCUGUUUUUUGGGUGAUGACUGUCAUUCCUUUUGUCCUGCUAUCUGUUUGCAUAUCCUUUUAUCUAAUAACUUGGAUUUUGUUGAAUUUAACUCUGCACGUCCACACUUGUAGCUGGCUUCUUGUUUGCUCUGUUGCCUAUGGCAAGCAGAAGAAACAUGACUUACUGGUCCAGCAAGCCAAAAAUGGUGCAUCUGAUCAAGAAGAAGUCAAUACUGAUGUAGAGAUAAGAGUCAGAAGGAGGCUGGAAACCUUUUAAUGUUGGGCACAAUCCACCAGGCACCAUGGCUGGUUGAUCACUAUUGAAACGAAUGAAAGUUGCAUGGCACCAGUGAUUGCUGAAAUACGAAUGCCCAUUGUUAGCUACUUAGUAGUUUUCCUUGUUAGCUUGCUCUUAUUUUAUGGCACCAUAGAUCAUGAGUCAUUUUACAUAAGAACACUAUUAAUUUUGAUUGUUGCCUCUUAUUCUAGCUUAUCUUUUUCUUUAAAAUUCUACAUUUAAAAAAAUAUUAUUAUAGCAAUAGGUUAGGAAGUUAAUUGUUUUUGGUUUUUUGUGUUUUGAAUAGUAAAAUCUAAAUUUCCUAACUUCACCUAGUCUUAUUUAAAUCUGAAUGGUUGACUUUUUUUAUACCCAACUAGUGUAACCAGAUAGCCAAGUGAAUAUCUGUAGUUUUCUGUUUUGCUUAUAACCUUUUUUUUAAAGAUAGCUUUGAAUGUAGACUAAAGGACCGGUGGCUUAUCUUUCAUGCCUGUGCCAGAAUUUGAAGCAAAGAUUUUCUUAGGGCAAAUUUUUAACAAUUACUGAACCGUUGUCCUAAAUGCACUUGUUUGACAGUUGGUCCCUCUUAUUUCCGAGGAACUUGCAUACAUCUAAGUGUCCUUAGGAUUGUCGCUUAAGAGUUAUUAACUGUAUAGCUUUUAUAAUGAAUUUUAAACACAGCAAACUAUACACUACGAGUAUGUUGGGUUUUUUGUUUCAUCAAGGGACAGCUCUUACCACGAUGGGAAGAGCUUUUUAAUGUUGAUGAAAUUGGUGACUUGAGAUUCAGAAGUCCCUGAUGGAUGAGAGAUGCUUUCCUGUAGUUAGUUCUGUGAUAUUGUUUGUAUGAUGGAGACAAUACUAGCAAUGAGAACAUUAAAGCUGAGAUGCAUCAGAGCAUCCUGACAAAUAAGCCCAUGGUACAUAUAGAAGACUCUAAAGAUAUGUGUUGGAUGGAAAUGAGAGCAAGUAGAAAUGUUAUUUUAGUUGUAGAGUUUAGCACUGAAGUCGGAAUGAACACAUCUCGAUACCAUUACUUAAAACAGGAAAUGAUUGUCAUUGAAGUUGUCUGCAGGAAUUGUGUGACACGUUUUCCAAAGAGUAUUUUUAAAUGAACAAAGUGAGCAUGAAUCAAUAUUACAAUAUAAGCUAUGAAGUAUUUUUCAUGUGUGGGAGGGGGAAAAAAUGCACUGGCACCAGCCAGUACCUUAUUGAAGGGUCUGUCAACGUUCCCAUUAAUUAUGGCAACUGUCCAUAUAUUUUAAAGGGUUUAUAACUUGGUCAUUCAGAAAAAAUGUCAUGCUGAAACUUUGUAUGUAGUUUUUCGACCUAGAAGGUAUUAAUUUCAGUAAUAUUUUAAUUUGGCCACUUGUAGUUGAUGUGGGGGUGAAAUUAAUAAUGAUUAGCGUAGAGUAAUAAGCCACAGUUUAAUGGGUCUCUCUAUCUUCUGCAAUGCCAAGAUGCGUAACCUGGGCGAGGGGGCGGGGUGACACACAUCACACUCCCAUUUAAAAUUAUUUAUUCCUAGUCUUCCCACCCUAUUCUGAAAAUGCUUUCAAAAGCACUGAAUAUAAAUUGACUUGAAUUGUAUAAAUGUAGAAAAGUGAGAGAAUCCACAUUUGGUUUGCCCAUUUGUAUUCAGAUCCUAGGAGACCACUUGUACCUAUUUGAGCAUCAAGUAGGAAUUGCUGAGUUCCUGUCCUGGGCAUCACAUAGAAAUACACAUAAACUGUUUCUGUUUGCUUUUGUUGGUCACAGCUUUAAAGUUGGAACCUCCCCUCCCCUCUUGUUGUACAUACACUACACAGCUUAUACUGUACUUGAGUAGCACUGCUGGAGAGGUACCGACAUAAAACUGGGAAUUCUUGAAUUUCUCUUAACACUAAGCCUGUUUAUGCAGUACUUAACUUUAGUUACUUACUUUUUAAGCCUCUUUGUUUAAUGGGAACUGUGCCUUAGAGAACUUGUACUGUUGGCAAGAAGGGGGGGGUGGGGAGACCCAGACUGAUUGGAAGUUUUUAUUCAAAACUAUCACUUGACAAAGUGGCUUAACUUUUUUUUGUAUCGAAAUACAAAAAAAAAAGUGUUAUGGGUAGCAUUUUGUAUUGAUUGGUGUAUAUAUUUGAACAGAUCACUGUCCUAACUUUAUAGCUUCUAUAAUUUUUUAAAAAGUACAGUGUGUUCAGAAUGCAAUGGAAGCUUAUGAAUUCUUUUAUGUCUAGCAGCAUAACCUGCUUUGGAAUAUGUACCGUUUCUAUAAAUCACAUGGUUCAAAAAUUGUACCAAUCAGUGUUGGCGCUCAAGCAAUGCAAGAGGAGACAAUUUCAGAGUGAUUUAAUGGUAACCUAACUUUUGCACAUCUGGAGAAUCCAUAUCGAAAUGACUUCACAAUCAUGGGGGAUGUUUUAUACAAGAGGCAGGUGUGUGUCUGUCUGAAAUGACACUUUUUUUCUUUAGCUAGAGAGAACCUCCAUAUUUUAAAAUGUUUUCUAUUAGAGAACUCUGAAAUACAACUUUUUCAAAUAUAUAUAUAGUUAUGAAUGUUAUAUUUUCUUUAAGUGUAAGAGCAUGCCUCUGUUAGGUACCGUAGUAAAUUCUGUUACAUCUUCUUUUAUGUAAUACAUUUUUUUCAUUGCUUUUUUUGUUUUACAUGAUAUAAAUAUAUACUUUGUGCUUACA